UAGCUGCUUGUUUAGUGACCAGAUAAUGACGAAAUCCGAUGAUUUACUUUGAGUUUAUAAAUGUUAAGAUGUUUAUUUUAUGUUCUAGCGUUAAAUCGUGAAGGUUAAAUCGCUUGGAUGUGGAAAAUCCGCUUUAUUUUGUGUUACUGAGCGGAUGGUGAAUCGUCAUAUUACUAGUUAGCCGCGAUUAGCUUGAGCUGUUUUUAACAGAUUCAGAUGUGUUAAGACAAUAUUGAUUUAAUUACUUAUUUAUUUUGAAAAUCAUUAUGAACUUGAAACUCAUCUCAGCUGGUUUAUAUUUGAAUGGUAGGCCUAAGUGAACGAUCAGGUUUGCAUGUAAAUUAUCUUUUAAUUAGGCUAAUGGUACAAAAGGUCACCAUUUCAGUAUAGAAUCUAUAUUUAUGUCCAUUUGAUUCAUUUAAAGCAUUUGAGGUUGAGAAUGGGAUGGAUGUGCUUAUUAAAUUGAUGAAGGACCAUGCAUGCCAGCAGUUUGUCUUGGGCUGCUUGCAGAUAAGUGGUGAAUGUAAUAUGAGCACCGGUGGAGAAUGACAUCUCAUCAAGGGGGUUGUUACAGAAAGCCAGAGAAAAUGAACCGGGUGAAUGGAUACGUGAUAAUUUAUUUACAGGCCAUGAUAAGUUUCUGUGCCGCAGGGACCUUGAACGUCUCUGCGGUGGAUGGAGAUGCCACUGAGAACGGGACCGUGCCAGAUGGUGGCGGCUCAGUUCCUGUGGUGCUCACCAAAAUAGGCCAGAUCAUAGCCCGGGAGGGAAACUGUGCUUUCAUUGACUGUAAUGUCACUGGUGACCCUUUUCCGAAUGUCCAGUGGUUCAACUCACACGGUCAUCUGCUUGAUACAAAGAAAAGUGAUGGUAAAUGGUGGAUUCUGGAGAAUGGUGUCCUCAACAUAACCAGCAUCACUUUUGCAGACCGUGGUAAAUACACCUGUGUAGCCUCCAAUUCGUACGGCAUGGCAAACUGCACAGUGACACUCCGAGUAGUCUUCACCAAUGGGGAUAUGGGUGUUUACUAUAUGGUGGUGUGUCUGGUGACUUUUACGAUCAUAAUGAUAUUGAACAUCACUCGCCUUUGCAUGAUGAGCAGCCAUCUGAAGAAAACUGAGAAGGCCAUCAAUGAGUUUUUCCGUACUGAAGGUGCAGAAAAGCUCCAAAAGGCGUUUGAAAUUGCAAAGCGUAUUCCUAUUAUUACCUCGGCAAAAACACUGGAGCUGGCCAAGGUCACCCAAUUCAAGACUAUGGAGUUUGCACGCUAUAUCGAGGAGUUGGCACGAAGCAUACCGCUCCCUCCGCUAAUCAUGAACUGCCGCACCUUCAUGGAGGAGAUUCUCGAGGUAGUCGGUGUCGAGGAAAUGAGACACACCUUUGUUCGACAAGCACCUGAGAGUCAUGAAGGUACCGUACAUGGCGGUGAGGUGAGAGCUGGAACCUCUAGUGAUGUUUUCACCAUCUUGCAAGAAAGGGAGCGAGAGAGGGAACGGAGUGAGUCGCCCGUCGUGGAUUCAGACGAUGCGUCGCUUCACGAGCAGCCUCAACACAUAGCCAUUCAGGUUUCUGUGCAUCCGCCGUUAGCUGCAGCAGGAUGCUGCAACAUGGAAGCUCCACCUCUCUCUGAAAUUGUCUCUCCAACUCCUCCAUCAUUGGCUCAGCUGCCUUUGGGGGCGGAGUCAGAUGAGAAGGAAACUAAACCAGAGUCUGAACAAGGGGGUGGUGCAACUCAGAACACCCAAGUUAUCUAUGAAAGCCAUGUGUAAUAUCCUGAAACCAGGAUAAUGACUUUGCUAUGCAUUUUCAGGAAAGGACAAAAAAUGUCAAUGUUUUUGCUCUGAUUAGAGAAAUAGAGGCUUCUUCUGUCAUUUAAAAAGCUGCAAUUAUGUGUAUAAGUUCUAUUUUCCAUGACAAUGAAUGGUUGAAUCUCACAAAUGUCUGGGUCAUAUUUUUCACAAAAACUAAAAUAUACAUUUUGCACACUGAAAAUGAAGCCUAUUUUAGGACCAUUAAAAUGAUUUGCAUUGUGACAAUAUUUUCAUUCUAAUUAACAAAGCGAUUUUAGCUGUAAAUUUCGAUCUUUUUACUGUAGUAAAAAUAGCCCUGUCGAGAGAGGUUUUGUUUUUUUCAGCAAAACUAAUUCAAAACCACAAAUACUUAAAAACAACACAAAAA